CUCCUCCGCCGCUUGCAGCCUGGCAAGUUACGGCUCCGGCCCGGUUGGCGUCCCGCGGGCCGCUCUCCGGGUCCCGUACCGCCGGGUGCGGGGCUCUGCCCGCCCUGCCUCCGACGCGCUGCCACCCGGGUCCUCCCCUCCUGCAACGAUGUCAGCGCCCUGCGCUGCGUUCCCCGCACCUUGCUGCUCAGGGCGCUGCCUUGCCGGGUGCGCUCCACGCAAGCCGCCGCGGUGCCGCGGUUAUUCUCUCACGUGUGCUCUUGAGCCCUUCUUCAGGGUUAGAAAAACCGAAGCGAGAGGGAUGGGGCCCGUAGUGCUCGCGCUGCCCUGCGCCUGGGCGCCGUGGAACGCUGCAGAUUGCGGCUGGGGACGGGCAGGAUCUGCAUGGACUCAGAUUGUGACUUCACUGGGGGGGCAGGCAGGAGGUGUAGCUGGAUCUACAUGGAUUCGCUUGCAGUUGCCAGCGAGAAUGCAGGUGCAUUGUGGAUUAAAUGCUGAACCCUUCAUUUCCCAAGAUUGAGAUUGAUGAUGUGAUAACAAUAAAUCCUGAGUUAUCAGAAGAACUACCUACUGCAGAAGUGAAAGAGAACCUUCCUUUGCAAGAGAAUGUAACCGUACAGAAACAGAAGCGUAGAUCAACUCUUUCAAAAAUUCCUGCUCCACGGGAAGUUGCAGCAGUGACAUCUAAUGUCUCUGCACCUGAGCAGAAGAUUGCAGCCGUGCGUGGCCGCUCUAGGAUGUCUGUCAUCACAGAAUGUCAGCACAACCUCCAGGAAAAUGAGAUGGGGGUGGAUCCCUCUGUUUCUACACAAAUAAGAAACAAUUCAGUAGUUCCUGCUGGCCGAACCAGGGCUAGUAGGCUGCGCUGUGCUCCAGAAACUGUGCUUCCAAAUGGAAAUGGCAUUACAGAGGAUAAUCUGCCUUCUGCUAGAAUAAGCUCUUCCCAGAGCCCAGUUCGGAGAAAAUCUAACAUUGUGAAGGAAAUGGAGAAGAUGAAAAACAAGAGAGCAGAAAAGAGAGCUCAAAUUAGUGAAAUCAGGACAAAACGUGCACAGGAAAUUGACAGCAGUUGUCCAAAUUGGGAGUUUGCACGGAUGAUCAGGGAAUUCAGAGCAACUUUAGACUGCCAGCCAAUAUCUAUAACUGACCCAAUAGAAGAACAUAGAAUUUGUGUGUGUGUUAGGAAGCGCCCUCUGAAUAAACAAGAAAUAAACAAAAAGGAAUGUGAUGUGAUUACUGUUCCAAGCAAGUGUGUCCUGCUGGUGCAUGAGCCAAAGCAGAAAGUGGACCUAACAAAAUACCUCGAAACCCAAACAUUUAGAUUUGACUUUUCAUUUGAUGAAUGCGCUUCUAAUGAAAUGGUAUACAGGUUCACUGCUAGGCCUCUUGUACAGACCAUCUUUGAGGGUGGAAAGGCAACGUGUUUUGCAUAUGGUCAGACAGGCAGCGGCAAGACACACACUAUGGGUGGAGACUUCUCUGGGAGAGCACAGAAUGCCUCGAAGGGCAUAUAUGCUUUUGCAUCACAAGAUGUCUUCUUUCUUCUAAGCCAGCCCAGGUACAGGAGUCAGGACCUGGAAGUCUAUGUGACUUUCUUUGAAAUAUAUAAUGGAAAGGUGUUUGAUCUCUUGAAUAAGAAGGCAAAGCUUCGAGUCCUGGAGGAUGGCAAGCAGCAGGUUCAGGUUGUUGGUCUGCAAGAGAAACAAGUCAACUGUGCUGAAGAUGUCAUCAGAAUGAUUGAGAUGGGCAGUGCUUGCAGGACAUCUGGGCAGACUUUUGCAAAUGCUAGCUCUUCACGGUCACACGCCUGCUUCCAAAUCAUACUACGUCAAAGAGGGAAACUGGUUGGCAAAUUUUCCUUGGUGGAUUUGGCAGGAAAUGAGAGAGGUGCAGACACAUCUAGUGCUGAUCGCCAGACACGAAUGGAAGGUGCAGAAAUCAAUAAAAGCUUGCUGGCUUUGAAGGAAUGUAUCAGAGCUUUAGGCCAGAACAAAUCUCAUACUCCUUUCCGUGAAAGCAAGUUGACCCAGGUGCUAAGGGACUCUUUCAUAGGAACAAACUCAAGGACUUGUAUGAUAGCAAUGAUUUCUCCAGGCAUGAGUUCAUGCGAGUACACCUUAAACACACUGAGAUACGCUGACAGAGUGAAAGAGCUCAGUCCUCAUAACGGAGGUGCUGAAACACAGAAUCAAAUGGAGAUUGAGAAUGAGGAAACAGAAAUCAGCGGAGAAGGUUCGGGUCUUCGACACAAUCUCUCCAAGGAGGAGGAGGAAGAUCUCUCGCCCCACAUGUUUAGUUUCCGUGAAGCUAUGAUUCAAAUUAGUGAACGGGAGGAGAAGGUUGUAGAACAGCUUAAAGAACUGAGACAGAAGGUGACAACUGAUCUUGACUACCUCCUGGGAAUCGCAGAACAACCAGACUAUGACCUUGAGACGUUUGUGAGCAGAACUAAGUUCUUCAUAGAGGAGAGCUCAAAAAACCUCCUUAGUGCCAGCGAAACACUGGAUGCUCUGGAAGUAGCCAUGCAACUAGAGGAGCUAGCCAGCAAGCAGAUAAGAAAGCAGAGGCAUCAGUAAAUACAGCAAAACCUGGUUUGCAAGCAAUCUUCUGUAUGUCUUGCAUAUUUGUCAGUGGUUUGUGUAACUACUAUUAAAUGCAGUAGGGUGCCUGAGAGCAGCAAACAUGGCAGCCUC